AUGGAGGAGGCAUUGAGGAAAAAAUGGGAGGGCCUAACUCUUAUUGAACAGGAGAGCGACACCAUGAGGAUAGAGGAGACAGUGCUGGAACCUCUGGUAGAGAAAGGAAAUAGAUGUUUGCUACUACAACUUAUUGCAGAGAGGACGGUAAACAAGCAAGCCUUCAAAACAACCAUGUCCAAGGUGUGGAGACCUGAAGGCUGGAUCCAGUUCAAGGAGGUGGGAGACAAUAGACUACUAGCAGAGUUCCAACAUGAACGGGAUAAGACCAAGGUGCUCCAGGGAAGGCCUUGGUCUUUCGACAGGAACCUUGUCUGUUUGCAGGAGCUAAAGGGGCACAUCUCCUUACAAGAACUGGACUUUAACACGGAAUGGUUUUGGGUCCAGGCACAUGAAAUGCCUGUGGCAAGCAUGACCAGGGAGAUAGGAAGGGAGUUAUUCUCAGGGAUGGUAAAGGUGGUAGAAGUUGAGACGGAUGAAUCCGGGUGUGGUUGGGGCAGUUCACUACGUGCUAGAGUGAUAGUUGACAUCACUAAGCCUCUAAUCAGAGGGAGAUUUAUAAAGGUUGGAGGGGUGCAAAACUGGGUCCCAUUCAAGUAUGAAAGAUUACCUUUAUUCUGUUUCGAAUGUGGAGCAAUCAUUCAUACUAAACACUGCCAGGGACCCAACAUCAAUGCCAAAGGGGAACAAGCUCAUCAAUAUGGGCCUUGGCUUAGAGCCAACCCGCCAAGGUUAGGAGGCAAUGAUCCUCAACGCUAUGGUGGAAAGUUGAACCAGGCCUCUAACCAUGAACAAAAGGCUGAUAGUCAAAAAUGGGCACCAUCCAAGGUGGCGCAGGGGGGGAGGAAGAGCUCAGAGGAGGGGAAGGGGAGGGAAGCCAUGACAGUGGAGACUAGUGUUUUAAAAAUCGUACCGUACCGGCCGCCUGAGGAGAGGGACCACUUGGCUCAGAAGGAUCCCACAGCAGGCGUGCAUCAGAGAGAACAAAAGGUGGGGUCAGACUUACCAAUUUUGGAUGAGCAGCUUUCACCAAAAAGGGAAGGUUACACUGUACCAGAGGAAAGACAAAAAAGUGUUGAGCUUAAAAGGGAAAGGUUUGCAGACGAGGAGCCACUCUCUCAGGACAGCCCCUUGGACCAUCCUAUGGCAGUGAUCCAAGGCAGCUCAAAAAGACAGCUCCACCAUGGAAGCUGGACAUAA